AUGAUCCCGAAAAACACCGGAUCCUCCGAGGUCACGGGACAAGAUGACUCAGCCAACCCUAGCGGCCGCCCGGAGUGGAGGGCUAAGCGAGAAGUGCGGAAUUUGUGUGGGCACAUCCGAAUUUCGCUGAGCGAACUUGGACUCAUUCGACUUCUCGACAAACAACCCUCCGACUCAUCCACCAAACCGGUUGUCGACCGUGAGUACACCAUUACUAUCGCCCUUGCGUCUACAACUCUCGCUGAACUUGCAUUCUUACAGAAUUCCGCCAUGGCCGAUAUCGAGAUUACGCUCGCUUCCUGGAAGCUGGUCGAGGUUGGCCGCCUCGUCCUGAUCCGCCGCGGCCCCUUCGCUGGCAAGCUUGCUGCCAUCGUUGAGAUUGUCGACCACCGCCGUGUCCUGGUCGACGGUCCCUCCGGUGAGGCCCAGAAGAUCGUGCCCCGUCACGUCCUUCCCCUCGCCCACGCCACUCUCACUCCCUUCACCAUCCCCCAACUUCCCCGCGCUGCCGGUACUGGCCCCGUCAAGAAGCUGUGGGCCAAGAACGAGAUCGAUGGCAAGUGGGCCAAGAGCUCCUUCGCCCAGAAGACCGACAAGGUUGAGCGCCGCAAGAACCUGACCGACUUUGAGCGCUUCAAGGUUCUGCGUCUGCGCAAGCAGUCCCGCUACGAGGUCCAGAAGUCCCACGCCAAGGUCCGGGCUGCCCAAUAG